GUACCGUUUAGUCCAAGCCCGAUCUACGCGAAUUUAGCUGUCUCCUCUCUGCUUUGUCUCUGCUCACCACUGGCAUAAACGAGGGGCAAAACAGGGAGACCUCGAUCGGGUAUUCCAACUCGGGACAUGACUUAUUAGUCAGCGGCGUCUACAACGCGACCAUAAGCAGCGGAAGCUCCACGUCUCCCUUUCAAAACCUCCUCCUCCUCCUCCUUCCACCUUUCUUCCUUUCCGAUAUAAUUAGACUUCUUGGUUUUGCCACCAUGAAGUUUGCCUUCUCUCUCUUUGCUGCCGUGAUAUCUCUCAGCGGGGCCUUGGCCUCCAACGUGAUUGACCUUGAUCCGGACAACUUCGACAAGUUUGUCGGACAGGGCAAGCCUGCUCUCGUCGAGUUCUUCGCGCCCUGGUGUGGCCACUGCAAGAAACUCGCACCCAUAUACGAGGAAGUCGCUGACGCGUUUGCGCAUGCGAAGAGCAAGGUCGUCGUAGCCAAGGUGGAUGCGGACGGCGUUGGCAGGCCGCUUGGGCAGAAGUACGGCGUGAAGGGUUUCCCGACGCUGAAGUGGUUCAACCCGGAAGGCGGAGAGCCAGAGGAUUACCAGGGUGGUCGGGAGUUUGACGAUCUGGUGAACUUCAUCUCAACAAAGUCCGGAGUAAAGUCUAGCGUCAAGCCUCCCCCGCCUCCUGCGUACGAGAUCCUCGACAUCACCACCUUCGACGACGUUGUCAUUAACUCGGACAAGGACGUUCUGGUAUCGUUCACGGCGCCGUGGUGCGGUCACUGCAAGCGCCUGAAGCCGACUUGGGACGAUGUCGCUAAGGACUUUGCCUCGGAGUCGAAUUGUGUUGUCGCGAACCUGGAUGCCGACGCGGUCCAGAACAAGCCUCUCGGGGAGAAGUACGGCGUGCAGAGCUUCCCGACGCUCAAGUUCUUCCCCAAGGGCCACAAGGACGCACCGGUCGAGUACGACGGCCCGCGCAGCGAGGAGGCCUUCGUCGAGUUCUUGAACGAGAAGUGCGGCACCCACCGCACCGUCGGCGGUGGUCUCACUGAGCUUGCUGGUCGUCUGCCCGAGUUCGACACACUCGCGUCGCAGUUCUUCGCUGCGACGGGUGCGGCGCGGGACGUGAUCUACAAGGACGCGACGGCGCUCGCGGUGAGCGUGGGCCCCGCGGCGAGCCACUACGUGCGCGUCAUGGAGAAGGUAGUGAAUGGAAGCGAGGAGUACGUCGAGAAGGAGAGCAAGCGGCUGGCAACCCUCCUCCAAAAGCGCACGCUCGCGCCUGCGAAGCUUGACGAGCUCAAGAUCAAGUCAAACAUCAUUAGCGCAUUCAAGAAGGUCGAGGAGACCGUCGCGCGCGCGGCCGAUGAGCUCUGAGUGCUGAGUGCCGUAGUCGAUGCGAGAUGUAUUGCCUGAGUCGUAGGGAUAAUUUAUUCGCUGUCUCAGAUGAUGAUGCGUGCUUCGUGAGUGGGUCGCGGCCUUGCGCUGCUUGUUCCCAAUAUCAUUAUGCAAUUGACUUCGGC